AUGUACGUUGAUCCGGCUCUGCUUGCCGAAUUGGACGAGGAGCAGAAGCAAAUUCUCUUCUUGAUUGAACAAUUAAAAUUCCAAAUAAAUAAUAAACGGUUCAACCUCACUAAGGAGCAAAAAAGAAGAUGGGAAGAGAGAGAACAGAUGCUGGAGAUGGAGGAGCAGAGGAGGCAGUCGAAACGUGUGGCAAGGUCAAACAAAAAAGGCACGAGGGUAAUAUUUUUAGAGGACAAGGAGAACAAGCCCUGGACGUGGGUGAUGGGUGAGCACCGAAAUGAUAAGAGCAUUGAGGAAAUGAUUGAGAUUGAAAAUCUGAGGAAGGCUCAGAUGCUGGUAGAGCAGGAAAUAAAGAGAUUUUCAACAUCAUCAGAUGAACCAAGCAAUGCACGAUGCAUUCCAGGCAACGUCAACUUCCAAACCACAACCCCCACAUUCACCGUCGAUGGGGGCGCUAGUAGUAAUAGUAAUAGUAUUGAUGACGACGAUGAUGACGACGACGAUGAAGAUGACGACGACGACGAUGAUGAAUUGUCAAAAAAUGAGACCCCAGAUGCUGAAUGUAAGAUAGAACGGAAGCGAAGCGAUGGGAAAAUUUUUGGGAAGAAGGUUGCAAGUGGCAAAGAUGAUGGAAAAAGUUUACUGACCACCAAUGAAAUUCCGAAAAUUAUUUACAGUAAUUCAACAAAAAAUGUGGCUACCACUUUGAAUACUGUCACUACUGCUGUGGCUCUUACUACUACGACUGCUACUACUGCCGCUACUAUAAAUUCCGAGCAACAAUGCAGCAGCAAGAUUCUCAGGACGCAUACGCCAAAAUCUACUACUACUACUACUACUACUACAACUAAUAAUGUUGUUGUAGCCGCAAAAACAACAACCGCAUCAUCAUCAACAACAACAACCACUACAGCUAAUAAUACGGUCGUAGCUUCAACAACUACAACGUCUCCAGCAAAUGUGAUGAAAAGUUCCGCUAAAGGGCCGUCAAGUAGAGUUUUUCCAACAGCUAGCAGCAUCAAAGUUAUUACUACUACUACUGAUACUUCUACUGCUUCUACUACUGCUGCUUCUACUGCUGCUACUACUACUACUACUGCUGCUGCUGCUACUACUUCUACUACUACUACGGCUGUUGCUAAUUUCAGUAGCAGACAAACUAGUAUAAUUAAUAAUAAUAAUAAUAGUAUUAUAAAUACAAAUAGUAAUAACAUAAGUAUCAAUGCUAAUUAUUAUGCAAGUAGCAGAUCAUUUCAUUACCAAGCUAAAGAUAAACAAACUCUAAUCGCCACAACGGCUACUACCACUACUUCUACUACAACUAUGAUGGCCACUGCGGCUACUACUACUACUAAUUAUAAUAAUAAUAACAAUGCAAAUAGUUCUGAUACUAGAAAUGACAAAAUUUCUGCAUCUUUAAACGUUAAUAUUACUAAUACUACUAUUACUAACAAUACUGCUACAGCCUCUACUACUACUGCUGCUACCGCUAAAAAGGAUGCUAAUGAUGCCGAGCGAGAAGCAGAAGAAGAGAGAGAUAAGGAGGAGGAGGAAGAGAGAGUAAACAAAAUUUCAAAUUUAUUCCAACAAAGGUUGUCGUUGUUUCAGAACUGUACGGUUACGACUUCAUCUUCAUCUCCAUUGCCAGUGUGGAAGACAUCAUCUCAACAACUUCAAUCGCCACAACAAAAAACUGCCACAAUUACCACAGCUGCUGCUACUACAGCUGCUGUCGCUGCCACUACAGCAGCUACUGCUGCGACUACAGUUACUACACACGUAAAACCAUCUGUACUUGCGAAACCGCCUUCGUUAUCCUCUUUGCCAUCGUCAGGAUCAUCAUCGCCAUCAUCGCCGCAGCAACUCCAGAAUCCCAUUUCACCGAAAUCAGCCGCCACAUCACGAACGCUGACGUCAAUAUUUCCAACACCCACCAUUCCAGCUGUUACUAUCUCCAUCUAUACUUGCAGCGACGAUGUCCUUUCUAUCACAUCACCAUCAUCAUCAUCAGCCACACCAGCCACACCAUCACAAUCAUCAUCACAAUCAUCGUCACAAUCAUCACCUACCCCCAACGCCAAUUUGACUAACGUUCAAAUGAGAACGAAAGUUCAGCAGACGAAACUGGAUUUGAAAGAGUUCAAAGACAAGAGAACCAGUGAGAUCUACGCCAGUAUCCAGCUCGAUAGGCAGAAGAGUUUGGAGAGAGCGACCAAGGGCGCGAGAAAAAUCAUCCAAAGAUGGCAGGAGCAAGAGAAGAAGGCGAGAGAGGCUGAAGAGGAGAGGAGGAAGAUAGCGAUGAAAGUUAGGGAGGAUAACGCCAGGCUGAUGCGGAGGCUGAAGACUGAGAGUCAGAUACUGACGCUCUUUAAUGACGACCCUUUUAAUCCGUUCAGUAGAGCCACCAGCCAAUCAGUGAAGAGGCCUUCUUCGGAGAAAGAAGUGAUGGAAUGGUAUGACAGCGUUGAGAGACCGAAGGGUAGCGGGUUCGAUCCCGAGUCCAAAACCAAAGCUGCUUAUUAUUACGGUAUGUUAUCGAGAAAUGGCGCGGAAAAAUUGCUGUCCAAGAAACCCGAGGGUACAUUUUUGAUUCGACUGAGUAAUCAAAUCUUUGGUUACGCACUCUCAUUGAAGGUCUCAGAUAAAUCUCUGACCAUGAAACAAGUUCGCCACUACCUAAUCGAAGUGACCAAUGACGGUUAUCAGUUUUUUGGCUCCAACCAACCAACAUUCAGAUCAUUGCAUGACUUUGUUUAUUUUUAUAAGAGAAAGCCUCUAUCGAUUGUAUCGUCAGACAAACUCGUCGUAGAAUGCGGCCUCGCUAAUGAUAUCUUCCAGAAGCAAGUUGCUUCCAAGUGUCAAAUAGUUCUAUUGAUAAUGCGACAGAAGCACCACAUGUUAGCGUGUUAAAUCAAUGGCGUUGUAAAAAAAGAGCUUUAACAAUUUGUUAAAAUUCUUUAAACUAUAAUUAUUAUUAUUAUUAUUAAUGUAAUUGAUAUGAUCAUAAAAUAUGAAAUAAACAAUAUAGCGUUAAAUUAUUAGCCUAUAAUAUGAAAUAUCGUUAAUAUUGCGAAUUACUUUUGCAAUGCAACGUUUCAAAAAGCACGUUUAAAAAUAGCAAUUAUUAAUAUUCAUAAGGGCGUCACACGAACCAAUCACGUGCAGCUGAUCGGUCGAUUUUUACGAACACGUCACCGGUUUUUUCGUCAACAAUAACGUCAGUCGGUUUUACCGGAACCGAAACGAUAACUUGGUCAUCUUUCGGAAUCGGUACUGUCUUACCCGGGGUAAAUUCUAUGUUGUUGUUGCUGUUGAUGGGAUUAAUUUCCGGUUCGCUAUGAUGUUCAUUCAAAGAUCUGACGUUUCUGUUGUCAGUAUUGAUGGUGACGUCAUUGUCGUUAUUCAAAUCUUUUUGUAAUAACUCAUCCAAUCUUCCGGACACCCUCAAAUGUUUCAUUCUUUCAUUCAACAACGCCGGGGAAAAUUCCACCCCCACCGAACAUCUCUGAUUGACAUCACGUGACAUUUCUACGCCACCGACUUUCGGUGAGAGAUUUUUGUUCCGGAGAAUGUUCGAGUCAGUCGUGUCGUUGCAACUGCUGCUGAUUGGUGCAGUUGCGGGUGACGUCAUUGUCAAGGCCCAUGUAGGGGGUGGAGGGAAAAAUUCCUGUUGCUGUUGUUGUUGGUCGUAGUUUUUUGUUGUUCUUGUUUGGUUUGAUCGCGGUGGUGGUUGUGGUGGUGGCGUUUUGCCUUGUGAGAUGUCGAGACAGCUGAGUGAUUUACCCAUAGAGGACGGGAGGGAUAGCUGGCUGUUGAAUUGUUGUCUGAUGGGCUGCUGCUGCUGCUGCUGAUGGAUGUAGCUGACGCUUUGUUGGUUGGUUUGAAUUUUAAUUAGAUUUUGCAGUUUUUGUUGUUGCUUGAGUUGUUGUGGUUCAGUUUGCGAACUCUGUCUGGUGGUCUCCAGGUUAUUGACCUUUCCCAUGCUCGAGCAUCUCCCCCUCAUGGGACCGUAUUGGUCGUUGAAUUUUUUCAGUGCUAAAUUAUUCCGGGCCGAAGUGUCACUCGAGUUUAUUGUUCGCAAAGUUGAGGAAUCAAAAAAUGUCGAAAGGGGUCUGCUGGCCGGUUUUGGCGGCUGAAUGGCUGGAGGUUUCGGUUGUCGUUGCAGCUGUUGUUGUUGUUGCUGCUGCUGCGUUG